CGCCCAACCCACCCACGUCAUGGUGCUGGCACGCGGCAUGGAAGCUAAACCCGGGCGCGGGGGGUCCUGCGACUCAUUGAGGCUGGCCCCAAACAGCUAGAGGCGCUUGUUGAUCACCUGUCAACCCCCAACCGCGCUCAGCCUUGCGUCCUCCUGCUCCCCAUCUGUCCCCCAGCCCAGUCGAGAACUGGAUCCCCUGUCCUUUGAUUUGUUGCUUAUCCUCGCAGUUUGCGCUCUCAUCGACGGCGUCUGCUAUAGCCACCAGCCGCUGUGCUGAGCAACAGCUAGCCCCCAAGGUUCCCAGCAGAGGGUGCCUGCCUACGCUUGCAUCACCCGCCGCGUGUGGACUCAAUUAUACUUUGCCGUGAAUUUACUACGCGCCUCCUCCCAUCACGGCCCGCCCGUUUGAUUCCCCUGCCUGCAGCAAUGGCCAUUCCAUAAGUCGGGCAAUCGUCGCGAGGCUUGUCGCCCAUCUGUCACCGAACCACCGCCCAGUCUAGCACCCAACAGCCGCCCUCGCGCCGCCUCGAUCCAUCACUCCAACCAACCUCCCUGACCUCCGACCUCCGACCGCCGACCUAAUAUCCAACCAUGUCAGACCAGUACGGCAGUGUGCCUGUGCGGAGGCCGCUGAGCGUGCCCGAGAUAGUGGAGCAGGCAGAUAGCAUCGAUUACACUCCUGACGUCUCCCUGAAACACUGGGUAGGCGCUGCCGAGAGGCUAUAUCGAGAGGGCCAGAUAUACAUGAGCGAGGGCAACUCGGCCCAGGCCUACCUCCUCCUCGUCCGCCACUGCUCGCUCGUCCUUCGAAAGUUCCCGACGCACCCGGCCGCCAAGUCCGCCGAGGGCAAACGCCAGCUCAAAAGACUGAACGACCGUAUCCCCAGGAUCCUCAGCCAGCUCGAGGAGCUGAAGCCCCACAUCACAGCCGCCUACAACGAGUGGGAGCGUCUGUCCAAGGCCGGCCAGGUGUCGGAGCAGCGCUCUUCCACGGGAGAUGCGAGGUACGAUCAACUUGCCGCCAAGGAUCCAGCCCUGUCGUGGAACAACCAAGCUCCGGCCGAGCUGCUGGAUGCCGGCCGAAAUCAGGAGCUCGCCAUCCGCCUGGCCCAAGAUGACUUCCACCGCCGCAACACGGCAAGGCGCUCCACGCGUCAAGCCGGCAUCACGGAGCACGAGGAGCAGAGACGCCGCGGAGGACGAGUGUGGGAGGACUGGGAUGACUGGAACAACCCCCGCCCACAUGUCGGCGCGACGGACGACUCGGACAACCUGCAGAGACAGCUCCAGGAGACCAGGCGGAGAAUGGAGAGGUCUGAUGACCGCUCGGACAUCGUCGUCAACGAUUUGAGCCGCAACAGAUAUCCCGGCGUGUCGCAGCGGCCGGCCGGGCCGCGUGCUCAGCCGUCGGCCCCGUCCUAUAGCUACCCCUCGAUCCACAAAUCCUCUUCGAUUCAGUAUGAGCCGUCGCCGGGCCGGCGAGACAUGGAGCUGAUGGAUCCCCGAAGCUACCCGUCCCGGCCGCCCAAGGAGCCGUACCCAAGCACAGCACCACCCCUCCGAGAACCCGCACCCCCGCCUAGGCCUCAGAAGGUUGCGGAAUCGGACGGUAUCUGUCCCGCCAUCCCUCCCGCAGUGCCAAAUGUCCCUGCCAAACUCCCGGAGCAGCAGGAGGCGACGGUAGGCCAUGCCGUCAACGAGCUCAGCAAGCGAAAGAACGUGACGUUCCUGCCAGCGGGAUACACCGAGGGCGGCAAGCCGCUGCGGCCCAUCUUCAUCCCGCAGCGACUCGAGGACGAGUUCCUGCGGAUCGCGGGCCCCAACACGCGCAAGGGGCUUGAGCUCUGCGGGAUUAUCUGCGGACGGCCGAUUAACAACGCGCUCUUCGCGUCGGGCCUGCUGAUUCCCAAUCAGGUCUGCACCUCGGACACGUGCGAGACCGAGGACGAGUUCCAGAUAUACGAGUUCUGCGAGCGUGAGAAUAUGAUCAUCAUUGGCUGGAUCCACACGCACCCGACCCAGACUUGCUUUAUGAGCUCCCGUGAUCUGCACACCCACGCAAGCUACCAGGCCAUCUCGCCCGAGUCCAUCGCCAUUGUGUGCGCCCCCAAGUUUGGCCAGUUUGGCGUCUUUCGUCUGACGGACCCCCCUGGCCUGCCGCACGUGCUCGGAUGCCCACACACCAACACGUUCCACCAGCACUCUCUCCCGGAGCAAGAGAUAUAUAAGGACGCCAUGCAUCCGGCCAGUCACGUCUAUCUGUCGGACCAGAUAGAGUUCGAAGUGACGGACUUGCGCCCACGUUAGAGGCGAUACCUUGGCCGGAUUGCCCAACCAGGAUCCUUGGGAUUCAGGGCCAGGAUACUGGCCAGGAGGCAAGCCCUUGCGGCCGCCCUGAGCAAGACGCAUGGCAAUGCGCGCACACGUCGUUUUCCCUCCUGUUUUGCGCCGUCUCCCACCAGUUCGAUACCCCAAACCCCAUCCCCUGCAUGAUGGCCGUGUACUCAACAGCCCGGUGAUAUACAUGUUGUUUGUUGUUUCCUCAGCCUUGGAGAAAGGUUGACUCUAGUGCUCACAGAAUACAAGGCCCCCACCUUUGAAGUUGGGCACAGAAGGGCCCAGAGGAUGCAUUGGUUCGGCGUUUCAUGAUGCACGAUCUGCUUUCCCAUAACCUCGCACAUAUUCUCCCAGCCCACUUCUUGCCACCCUCCCAUGCCACCUCUGCUUUUUUUCAUGGGAGGAAGGAACUCCGUGUUGGAGUUAGAUAAUCGGGGCACAAGGCGUCGAUCACGGGCGAGUCUGGUGGGCAUUCUAGCGGUGUUAGAACCAAACAAAGGAUAGCAUGAUUACUAUCAUUGUCAUCAUCUUCCAGUACAAGCACUCAAGUGUAUUGGUCGUGAGUUAGACAAACGCAAAGUGCAGGGGCUGUCGUCUUAUUGUAGAUGCCUAUGCUCAAUAGAUAUCGGUUUCUCGCUUGGUGGGCAUACCA